AUGGCUCCAUUUCGCAAUUUCCUCGCUCGAAAGCCCCAUCCCAAUGCUGCGGACCCCGCUGCAUUCGAUGAGAACUAUCUUUCUCCAACCCACCGCCCGGCGCCCAUAUCGAUCCGCAGUAGUCAGGAAGAACCCACCGAGUACAAAUUGAGUGUGGUCAACGAUAGCGGAGUCUAUCUACCGCCUUCUCCCCCAGAGAGACCAAGUUUCUGGCGUCGGUACCCGGGCUCCAACAAAUCUGUUAACCACCGGAACCUGGUCGAUGAGAACGAGCCGUUCUCGAUCUCGCGAGAGUCCUUCGAUUCUUAUCGCCGAUCGUUUGAUAUCUCCGCUCGUUCACCCGUUCAGCAUCCCGAUGCUGGGCCCUCUCGGUCCUCCCUUGACUCCCGGUUCUCUCGAUUAACACCCUCGGGCACUUGCUCCACUAGUUUCACCAAAUCUGAUACCAUGGAAGAGGAAGAAGCAUUCGAAGAGGUCGGCCUGAAUGACGAAACAAAGCCUAAGAAGAAAGGGUUCCUAUCCAGGUUUGGUGACUCCAAUGGCGACCCGCGACCAUUGGGGACCAAAUCUUCGAACUCGUCAUUCGGCUUCCAUAUGCCCGGCCGGAAGCGCGGCCAUAGUGGUGCCGGGGCAGAGUUGGGGUCUAUCAAGGCGCCUCCUUCUGCAUCCACUGAUGAGACAUGA